UUGAUGUUUACACAACUCUAUGCUGAUUACUCUACAUUUCAUCAGCAUGUGGCAGCACAGAAUGGUUGACCGUUCUUAAAGUAGCAUCAUUUUUUACCGAAUAUUUAAAUAAGAGAUGAACUGAAAGGCUUGAUUACUUAAAAAGAAGAUUAUUUUAAAUCGCAGCAAUGUCCAGUCGCAUCUGUAACCAGUGCGGUUGCACUGACAUUGACAUCGAUUCGGCACGAGGCGAUGCCGUGUGUACGGGAUGUGGCUCUGUUCUGGAGGACCAGAUUAUCAUCUCAGAAGUUCAGUUCCAGGAGAACUCUGGCGGGGGUUCCUCGCUAAUUGGCCAGUUUGUGUCAUCCGAAGGACAGAAGUCCUUCUCCAUUGGUGGAGGUUUUACCCAUGGCAUGCAGAAGGAGUCCAGGACAGUCACUCUUCAGAAUGGCAAGAGAAGAAUACAACAGUUGGCGAGCCAGAUGAACUUGAAUCAGCACUGCGUGGAUACAGCCUUCAACUUCUUCAAGAUGGCGGUGUCCAAGCAGAUGACCCGAGGUCGCAAACAUACCCAUGUCAUUGCUGCUUGCCUCUACCUGACAUGCAGAGCAGAAAAAACGCCUCACAUGCUGUUGGAUUUCAGCGAUGUACUACAGGUGAACGUCUACACGUUGGGAAGGACCUAUCUCCACCUUGCCAAAGAGCUGUGCAUCAACCUACCAGAUGUCGAUCCGUGUCUGUACAUUUCAAGGUUUGCCCAUGCAUUAGAGUUUGGUGACAAGACACAUGAGGUUUCCAUGACAGCCAUGCGUCUCACUCAAAGGAUGAAGAGGGACUGGAUGUCCACCGGACGACGACCCAGUGGUCUUUGUGGGGCAGCUCUUCUAGUGGCAGCCAGGAUCCAUGACUUCUCUCGGUCAGUGAAGGAAGUGAUCAAGGUUGUCAAGGUGUGCCAUGCCACUCUGAAAAAAAGGUUAAUAGAAUUUGAGGAAACACCUUCAAGCCAGUUGACAAUAGAAGAGUUUCAGACCAUAGAUCUGGAAGAGGAGCAAGAUCCCCCCUGCUUUACUGAGGGGAAACGCAGAGCAAAAAAGCUUCAGGAGCAGAGCAAGUUGCCAGACAUGACGGAGGAGGUGUCCAAACUUCAAAAGGAGAUAGAGAAAACCCUCGCAGAGCAGAAACCUAGAGGACCCUGGGCAGCGUAUGCUAAGAUGGCCGAUGACAGCACCUCUGUUGAUUCCGAUGUAUCGCGUCUCAGUGACGUUUUUGAUGGAGAAAGUUCCGUAGACUCGGGUAGAACCAGUAGCAUUGAUUCCUCCCCCCUCAUUCACCACAGUAAAACGGAUAUGAAACAUGUGGAUUACAGUCCAUGCAAAAACGACAUUGGAGAACUGAGUUGGAAUAGUAAAGAGGAAAAAGUGACUCUCAGUAAUACCAGCAGUAAUGAAGAUGAAAGGGAUUUAUUUAAGACAAAACAAUUGAAGAAUGAUGAAAUUACUCAGGAAUUAGUUAUUGGAUCGAAUGUCUUGGAUAGUUUGGAGAUUGGGUCAUUAAAAAAGGACAAAGCAGGAGUUGCCUGUUUGAAGCUGGCUGUUCAGGAUAUCGUGUCAGACUGUAUUGGUGAAGAUGGGGAGAAUUCUAGGUGCGCAACGGACGAAGGGAAUGAAGAAUUGGACCUCACUGGCAUUGACGAUGAUGAACUCGAUUAUUUUUUGUUGUCGGAGAAAGAGGUUUUAGUUAAGACCAAGAUAUGGAUGACAGAAAAUGAAGACUAUUUGGAGGAACAGAGAAUUAAAGAAGAGAAAAGAAGGAAAGAGGAGGAGGAGGAAGCCAAAAAACCACCUGAAAAAAGAAAAAAGAAGCAUGUACGUAAGAAGCGGACACCAAUGCCAGAGGCAGCUACGCCCCAGGAAGCCAUUCAGAGGAUCCUGCAGGAGAAGAGGAUAUCAUGCAAGAUAAACUAUGAUGUUCUCAAUGACCUUAACGUGAAGUCUGCCACGAUCAAAACUGACAUGGUGAAGCCAACAAGUUCUUUCCUGCAAGAUAUCGACAACAUAAAGCCAGUGUCGAGAAUUCGUAGCAGCGUCAGCUUUGAUCUCAGUCAUGAGAAACAGCCCCCUAGUAAGAAAUUAAAGACGGAGAAGCAAGAGUUGCCUCCCAUGCUGCCCCAGGCCAAAGAAGAGCGGGAACCAGAAGUGGUCGUGGAAUCUGGACCAGUGCAAUACGAACAGAAAGACGAUGGCUACGGUGAUGAGGAAGAUGCGGAUGGAUAUGAUGAUGAUGAAGAGCAUCACCUGAGUGCUGCACAGUUGCUAGGACACACUGUGUCAAUGGAGGAUGAGUAUGGCUAUGACAUGGAUUGAAACUGAAAGUACCUACCAGCCAAUCCCCAGAUCUCCAACACCCACCUCACAUUCUACCGUGCAAUAGAGACAUCAGGGAUCAGAAUGGGCUGUGGAGGUGGCUUUAAUUUAGUUCAAUAUGCGGACCGUUAGUAUUGAUUUGCUUCAAUCAGUGCCCAACUAGUCGACUGGGCCAUUAACAGUCAUAUCUGUCUGUUGUUCAACUGAUUGACUGUGAGUGUUAAACGUACAGACUGUUAGUAUUGAUUUGCAGACUGUUAGUAUUGAUUUGCUUCAAUCAGUGCCAAACUGGUUGACUGGGCCAUCAACAAGUCAAAUCUGUCUGCUGUACCAAAUCAAUUGGUGGACUGUCUAUGGAUGUAACAGAUUUUAAACAACACAAACUGGUUGACUGGUAUUAAAGAGGUCAACUGGAUGCUACAGCAGUGAUUUGUGGGUGUUAAAGCAGAAGACUUCAGGAGUUGGAACUAGAAGAACCUUUUUGUUUGACCCACACAAAGUUGUUAAUUGUGAUGUUUUCAGGUCAUAUGCCCCUAUGCAUGAUUAGCAAAGAUGUUUUGGUGGUCUUUUACGCUAAAACCAGUAAUGUGCAAUUAAUUUAAUUGUGGUGGUGUAUUGACUGGUUUAUGUUUCCAAUAAUUUGGAUUUAGGCAGGGGUUGCGAUUAAAUAUCAUUUUAACAUCUUCUGCCUGUUUUUAGACGGUUAAAACAAAUUGAGUAAAGUUAUGAGUAAGUAAUUAAUUAAAACUUAAGUAUCCAACAAUAAAAUGACCCAAUAAAAUUAUCUAUGUUAAACAAAUCCUGCAGGAGAAUUCCAUAACCUUGCCACGCAGUGUUGAUGAAUUUUUUUUUACAAUUUACAAUUAUUUUACCUAAGCUAUUAUUUAUGUUUACUAAUUACCUCAAUGUUCUUCAGUUGUACAUGUGAUUGUUAAAACUAUGCCUAAAUUCAAUUGAAGCUAACUUCCAAGUCUACCGGUAUUACUGUUUUACUGUUGCUUUAUUUCAUACAAAGGGUAAAAUUGCUCUUAUAUUUAUUGGUAGAUAUUUUGUUUGUCAAUCUAAAUAUAUAUAAAUAAGUAAAUAUAAGUACGCCUAACAGUCAAUGAAAGUAUCCAGAAGCGAACAGGGACAAUCACAAGUUAUCACACACACAGGAAGUCCUCUAGUUUUGGGAAGGGCCUACGCUUUCAAAUUAGUUUAUGUAAUGUUGGCAAGGUCUCGAUGAUCAGGUUUAUUUGUAUGCAGUGUUAAUGUGUGGCAUUCGAAAAUCUUUUUACAACUUAUUUAAAUCAUGUUUUAAUUCUUACAACAUGUUACAGUUAUGCAGUUGUUAAUUUACUGGUCUUAUUUUACUACAACAAGUCAUUGAUAAUAUUGGCAUGCAUGAAAUGGUGAAGAGGUACUUGAAUCUAGACCAUAUUCUUAAAAAAAAUAAACUACCAUUAUUUCUGAUAAUUCCCUCGAUUGCAUGUUGUGUUUAUUUCGGUACAACAAAUAAUUCAAAUUCUCUUAUACAUUUUUUUUUCUGUGCAUAAUAUCUUAUAAAAUGUUUUGUGAUUAAAAAAUAAUGUUUCAGUGCAUUUAAUAUGCAUAUUGACUAUAUCUGGGAAUAUUACCCGGUACAUCAUUUUAAUUUCCAUUUCUGCUAUAUUUUUCUGCACAACAAUUGAGGGCAACUGUUGAAUGACUGGUGAUUAUUUGGAUAAAAUGUUGAAAUCUGGAUAUUUGUCAUCAGGCUUUUAUAUCAAAUAUCUAUUUCAGAACCCAUUCUUUAUAAUCUUUCAUCGGAAAAACUAGGGAGCUUCAUUUUCUCUUCUAAAAUUGCACUGUUCCUGUUUAUAAAACUGCAGCAAACUGUAAUAAUGUGUAUGUGUAAUUGUAUUUUUUUUACUUAACCACUUUUUUCUGCACAUUUCACUGAUUCUUUUUUUACAGUACUAUUCUCUGGGCAUUGUUAACCGAGGCAGCAUGUUUAUUUAUUUGUCUAUUUAUUGUAACAGGAAUGCGUCUUUUUAUCGUUGUAACAGUAAUUUAUUUAUUCAUAUUUAUAUGUACCUGCAGUAUUUCUAGAGUGAAUCAUUCAUUUAAAAUAUGUAUUGUUAACAUUUGUCUGAGUGCAUAUGUAGAAACGUGUAAUGACUUAAGAUAUAAAGGAAUAGACUCAUUGAUGUAAUUUAAUACAGGCUGACCUAUAUAAUGAUUGGAAACUAAAUGGUGCAUUUAAUAGUUGUUUGUACAGUUAUUUGCAGUUAUUAUCUUUAUAGUUAUGUCCUCAACUCUCAAAUGGGGGAUUAAGAAAGGAUAGAUUUCCCUUUUUCAACCUGUAAAUCAAAAGUGAUUGCUGAUAGACAAGACAGAUAUUUAUUCAGGCUUGCACAGUGUACAUUGUCUUAAUAUAUCUGAUAGAAACUGAAACUUAACAAACAUAUUUACCAACAUGUUGUUGUGCACCAAUAUAUUUUGAUUUGAAUGAACAUUAUUGCAUACUUGUAUUGUCAUUAAACUUAAAUGUGGUGAAAACCUUUUGAAGUGUGACCUUUUUGAUAACAACUGGAAAUAAAGCUUGAAAAGUAGAA